AACUCUCUAUCGCCGUCGGCUCUGGCUGUCGAUUUUCCGUGUCGUCUGUUUACUAUCCGUCGUCGUCGCAUUCGAAAUCAAAUCAAAAUUCGACGAGACAACGUUGGAAACGGUCGUCGGAAAGGAAAACGUGUGUGACACGCAAUAAUUCAGGUGAUUCGUUCGUACCCGAGGCAGAUCGGAAUAGGAAAAAUCAAUUUCCCUCGAUAAGCAGUGACUCGGCUGGAAAUUAGGUUAUAAAACAGAGAGAGGUUCCCGUGCGGGCUGUCGGUCGGUGAACGGCGUGUCGAGAACGAAACAAGGCGUUGAUACUUUCAAUUAAGGCGCGUGAGUCGACGUUCAGUUGUGAGUGAAACUCGGCAAUUUCCUGCGACUUGUAUCCGUGAAACUGUGCGUAAUUCCACUGCUCCAUCGAAAUUAAGUGACUUAGAAGCGCCGGAACUCGUGAAAAGGCCUGGUCGCGGAAAAUACAGAAAUUUGCAAGUGCCGUGAACUGGAAAGAAAGUGCGUUUGUCCUCGUUUUCUCACAUGCAGGCAAGUGGAGCGCUCAGUCAAUAGCGUCGCAGGCCGUAAAUUGGAAUUGAAGGGGGGCUUUGAUUCAAUUGUAUUGUAUUUGUGUUUUGUGUACGGGCCCAUCAUCAAACAUCAAACAAUCUAAAGUGAAACUACACACACAUAUCUAAAUAGGUCACUAAAAAAGACAUUCAUUUUGGAAUUUCAUCGUGGCAUUAAAUUUAUCGACAUAAAAGAAGAUAACAAAAACAGUGGAAUAUAGAGAAAGUGGAUAUUUAUCAUAAAAAGGUCACAAAAUGUUCAUCGAAGAUGACGUCCAGAUGGAAAGCUUCUGGGUCCAGACAGCAAUCGGUGCUUUCAAGGCUAUUGCUUUUGUGUGUGAUAUAAUUACUUUACCAGUGUAUUUAGUGCUACAGCAACCAUGGAAAAGAAGGCAGCUGUCUAGAAGAGUCAAGGCAAAAGUCAUUUCACAAGAUGAUCAACAGAUCACAUAUCGCACGACAGAACCUCCACGCGAAGUUCACGUUAAAAUCCUCCAAAAUAAUAUUGACACAUUGGAAAAAAUUUUCAUUUACGUAACAAAACUCCAUUCGACAAAACGUUGCCUAGGCACUAGGCAAAUCCUAAGCGAAGAAGAUGAAGUUCAAUCAAAUGGACGUGUCUUCAAAAAAUACAACAUGGGCGAAUAUAAGUGGAAAACUUAUAUUGAAGUUGAUAAACUGGCAUCUUCUUUCGGUCGUGGAUUACGUGAAUUAGGACAAAAACCUUUGCAAAAUAUCGUUAUCUUUGCCGAAACACGAGCUGAAUGGAUGAUUGCGGCGCAUGGUUGCUUUAAACAGAAUAUGCCAAUUGUUACGGUCUAUGCUACUUUAGGCGAUGAUGGUGUAGCGCAUUGUAUCAAUGAAACUGAAGUGACAACGGUCAUAACAUCACAUGAACUUUUGCCAAAAUUCAAAACUCUGCUGGAUCAGAUACCAAAGGUUCAUACAAUUAUUUACAUGGAAGAUCAGUUACAUAAAACUGAAACAACCGGUUACAAAGAUGGCGUCAAGAUCAUUCCAUACUCACAGGUUCUGCGGAUAGGAAAGGAUAGCAAAUUCGAGGGCGUCUCACCAUCACCCGAUGACACGGCUAUUAUUAUGUACACAUCAGGCUCGACUGGUACGCCGAAAGGUGUACUUCUCUCCCAUAAAAAUUGCAUUGCAACGAUGAAGGGAUUUUGUGAUUUCGUUCCAAUUUAUCCGGAUGAUGUCCUUAUUGGAUUCCUUCCUCUGGCCCAUGUGUUUGAACUGUUGGCAGAAAGUGUUUGCUUAUUGACGGGCGUUCCAAUUGGCUACUCUACGCCAUUAACAUUAAUUGACACGAGCAGUAAAAUAAUGAAAGGCUGUAAAGGUGAUGCAACUGUACUAAAACCAACAUGUAUGACAACAGUACCGCUUAUAUUGGACAGGAUAUCAAAAGGAAUAAAUGACAAAGUGAAUUCCGGUUCACCACUUACAAAAGCUUUAUUCAAAUUCGCCUACGCUUACAAAGUGAAAUGGACAUCGAGAGGAUAUAAAACACCACUGAUCGAUAAAGUGAUAUUCAAGAAAGUCGCAAAAUUGAUGGGAGGACGCGUCCGUGUUAUGCUGUCAGGUGGUGCACCUUUAUCGCCUGAUACAAACGAACAAAUCAAAAUCUGUUUAUGUGUAGACGUAAUUCAAGGUUAUGGACUUACAGAAACUACUUCGGGAGCAUGUGUAUUAGAUCAAUAUGAUAUGUCAUAUGGUCGUGUAGGAGCUCCAUUAACAAGUAAUGAUAUUAGACUAGUAAAUUGGGAGGAAGGAGGCUAUAGGAUACAAAAUAAACCAUAUCCUCAGGGCGAAAUUUUAGUUGGAGGUGACAAUGUUUCAGAGGGAUAUUACAAGAUGAAGGACAAGACUAGUGAAGAAUUCUUUGACGAAGACGGCAGACGAUGGUUCAAGACUGGCGAUAUUGGUGAAGUUCAUCCAGAUGGUGUACUUAAGAUUAUCGAUCGCAAGAAGGAUCUGGUGAAAUUGCAAGCGGGCGAAUAUGUAUCCUUGGGAAAAGUUGAAGCUGAGCUCAAAACUUGCCCCAUUGUCGAGAACAUUUGCGUAUAUGGCGAUCCAACAAAACACUACACUGUUGCAUUGGUUGUACCUAACCAGAAAUGCUUGGAGGAAUUAGCUGUUAGAAAUAACAUAAACACUAAAAAUUUCGAAGAGCUGUGCGCUUCGCCGGUUAUGGAAAAAGCUGUUAUUAGGGAAAUAGUAGAUCACGCUAGGAAAUGCAAAUUACAAAAAUAUGAAGUUCCUGCCGUCAUCACUCUCUGCAAAGAAGUUUGGUCACCUGAUAUGGGUCUCGUCACAGCCGCUUUCAAGCUAAAACGAAAAGACAUCCAAGACCGAUACCAGCACGAGAUUAACAGAAUGUAUGCCUCAUGAAAAUAGCCAAAGUACUCGUAUCCACCACAACCAUCGGUUCUUAAGGUAUCGAUAAAGUAUGGAGGUACGCAAAGAUAAAAAAUGCAACUACAAUAAUAAUACUUUCAUGAUUUUAUAAAACACAACUCAUUGUAAAGCUUAACGGCAGUGAUGGGAACCUGUUAAGCAAGCAGCGAAAGGGAAGGAAAUGAUAAAUAGCAAUUCUCUUCUAAAAGGAACUAAUUAAGGGAUAAGUUGAUAAUUCGUAUGAGAUGUGUAGUCAGUUUACCACUAGUUCAAGAAAAAGUGUAUAUGUAAGUGUGUUAUGUGAUGUCGGUUAUUAUGCAAUCGAGGAAGCCGAUGAUAUUUUGUAAAUAAAAGAAAAUUUAAGAUCGAAUCAUCUAGUUGACUAUACAACGCAGUAGCUUAUUCUAAAUGAAAAUGCAAAAAAAAUCAACACAAAAUUGUAAGCCAACUAAACGUCAAUGAUAAUAACAAUUGAUUUUGUCAUAUUUAAUGAACACAUAACACAUGAAUACAUGAGGAAAAUAAAAUGUAAAAAUAUCCAAAUAAAUCGCAAAACCACAUUGUAAAUAGAAAAGCAAGUACUUUUUAAAUAAUUUUAUUUCGUACGAGAAGAACGUGAAUUAAUUCCUUUUUUAUUAAGGAUAAUUUAUUAGUUUUUUUCUUUUCCUUCUUCUACUAUUUUGUUAAGAUAAAACCGUUUAAGAAAGUUGCAUAAUAUUUAGUAACACAAAACGAAGUAGGGAUUUUAUUAUAAUUAUUGUUUAUUAAUUAUUGAAACUGUAAAAAAACACAAAAAUUUUCCUUAGCUGAAAAUUGAUGAUGAUUAUAUUAGUUAUAACGUAAUUGUUGUAACAAUGAUAGUUAGGAUAUAGAAGUGAUGAAAGCAAAAACAGAAAAGAAAAGCAUUAAAUUUAAUUCGAUACGA